GAUUAGAUAAAGAUAGCUUAAAGUCAGACGUUAAGCAUCUUAUUUCAAGUUCUAUUUUUGGAUCUAUAAGCAUCACUUCUAUCUUGGGAUCUUUGUUAUCCUUUAUAAAACUUUCUAAGAGCAAAUUAAAUACAUUGGAUGACUUGUAUACUAAAGAGGCAACCUUGAAAAUUUAUCGUAGCAAUGAAAUUUGGAACAUUGAACAAGAUUUUGAUGUUAAUAAAGAAGAAGUUUCUAAUGGGAUAAAAGCUGAAAUAGAGGAAAAAUUAAAAAAGGAAUUAGCAAAAAAAACGCCAAGAUCCGAUAUUUUUGAAAAAAUCU